AAAAUAUGCAGCAAAAUUCAAUCAAUCAUGAAGAUGAUUAGCCAAACAAUAUCAUUGAUAACCUAGAAUUCUAAUCUGUUCUUGACAGUAUUGUUACUAUAAGUAUUUUUAAGUUUAAAAUCUAAAUGAUGAUUAAUUCCAAGACGAAAUACCAGAAUAAAAUAACCACAUGUACAAGGAAUAAUAAAAAAACUCAACUCCACUGCAUUAAGAAAUACACAGAAAUGGUGAUUAAAGACCUUAACCAGAAUUGGAAGGUGAAUUUUACAAAGUUAGUCCUCAUUUUUUGGAAUCCAAUUCUGUAAAUUUUAUCAUCUACUUUUUCAGACAUAUUAUUGCACUUUGUCUUCAAGAAGAUUUACGUAUUACAACAUCAAAAAUAGGGAAAAACCAUUAGGAAUUUUGGACUUUGAUUACUAAAAAUACAUCUUCUCCUAUGUAAAAUCAAAGGAUGACACUUACAUUCAGAGUUUCAUGUAUACAUUUAAAUAUAAAAGACUAUAGCCAGAAGGCUGUGAGAAGAAAUUCGAAUUUGUAGUACCUACUAGAACCAGAGAAUAAUCUAAAUAGUGGGUUUCAUUAAUUCAAUAGUACAUCUAGUAAUCAUAUGGAUAUUUAAAUAAUAUUAUGAGCUUGUCAAAAUAUCAUCGGUUCUGGAGACAUGAAAGAAUCUUGGAUCCUCAAAUAUUAGCACAAGCUCAAACAGGCGAUUUGCUUAUCUUUCGCACCAGAGGAAAACUACAAAACUUAUAAAGAUCUAUUACCAGAAGCGAUUAUGAUCACAUUGUUAUGUUUCUCAAAAACCCUUGGGAAGACCCAAUGCUCUUUGAAUCUAGCAAUCAAUACGGAGUCAUCACCUUUAGUUAUAGUAUGUUUUUUUGUCAUUCCCUUUAGAACGCUUUGUUAAAACCAAGUCCUACGAAAAUUAUGAAAAGUAAUUAUUAUUUAGAAUUCAAGGAUUCUAUAUAAGCCGUUACUGAAUGUUUCUGAAAAUGAUCGCAUCCUCAUGUAUGCUUAUGCUGAAGCCCAAAUUGGAAAAGGGUACUCUUUGAGCAUGAUGAAAUUCUUUAAGAAAAGUACUAGGCAAAAUUUUUUUUGCUCUGAAUUGAUUGCUUAUGUCUAUUAACUAAUGGGAUUUAUACCUGAAUCAGAAAAAUGUUGUUCCUUUUUACCAGGUUACUUUUCUAUCCUUAAAAUUUAGGCAAUUUUACUGAUGAAGAUAAACGAAUGGAUUUACUUAAAUCUGCUUAGCUCGGACCUGAUUAUAUUGUGGAUUUUUAUUAUCUAUAAUGA